AUGCCUCAGAACGAGUAUAUCGAGCGCUGGCAGAAGCAGCAUGGAAAGCGCCUUGAUCACGAUGAGCGCAUGCGCAAGCGCCAGGCUCGUGAGGGACACAAGCAGUCCCACGAUGCCCAGAACCUGCGUGGUCUGCGAGCCAAGCUGUACCAGCAGAAUCGCCACAAGGAGAAGAUUCAGAUGAAGAAGCGCAUCAAGGCCCAGGAAGAGAAGAACGUCAAGUCCGCCGCACCCGACGAGCCUUCCAAGACCCCUCUGCCCCAGUACCUGCUCGACCGCUCGCAGGAGACCAACGCCAAGGCCCUCUCCAGUGCUAUCAAGAAUAAGCGUAAUGAGAAGGCUGCUAAGUUUGCUGUCCCCCUGCCUAAGGUUAAGGGUAUCAGCGAGGAGGAGAUGUUCAAGGUUAUCAACACCGGAAAGAAGACCCACAAGAAGGCCUGGAAGCGUAUGAUCACCAAGCCUACCUUCGUUGGUAACGACUUCACCCGUCGUCCCGUUAAGUACGAGCGGUUCAUUCGCCCCAUGGGUCUGCGUUACAAGAAGUGUAAUGUCACACAUCCCGAGCUGGCUGUUACCGUGCAACUCCCCAUCCUGUCCGUCAAGAAGAACCCCCAGAACCCUCUCUAUACCCAGCUGGGUGUCUUGACCAAGGGAACAAUCAUCGAGGUCAACGUCUCCGAGUUGGGUCUUGUUACCACUUCCGGUAAGGUUGUCUGGGGUAAAUGGGCCCAGGUUACCAACACCCCUGAGAACGACGGUUGUGUUAAUGCGGUCCUCCUUGUCUAAAUUGACCACAAGCACUUCCUCUACAUUCCCGGCAGGCACUCGCCUGUCUUCGAUACCUCCAUGCUCAGGCAGUUCUAUAUUUCCCUUUCUUGAUACAUACGGUCUAUCAAGACUGUUCUAUUCUUGGGCGGUGUUAAUGGCGCAAAGUCAAGUCCAUUGAUUUCAAACGAAAAGUAUUCCGCAUGUUUGGCUUCUGAAUGGACAUAGCUAGUUUUUAGAUAGUCAGGAAUUUAUCAACUAUGAUUUUAUGAAGACAA